CCUUGAUCUCCCUAAGGUAUUUACGCUGUUAAUACAGACAGUAAAUUUACAUUAAUUCACCUGGAUUUUAUGAAAUAAACGCGUUUUAGAUUUAAACAGUGAUCGAGCUACGUUAGAAAUGGAAGUUUCGGGUAAACUAGCUGAAGCUCGACAAGAUUUACAAUUAUGUGAACAUUGUCAAUUUGAAAAUGUUACAACAAAAGCAAAUGGAAUAUGUCGGGAAUGUGAGGAAUAUAUGUGCGAUACAUGCUUUCGGCAUCAUCUCAAGGGUAAAAAGAAUAGAAAUCAUGAAUUGAUUGAUAUUAAUGACCCAGAUAUUGCUGCAAGGAACAUUUCAGAAGAAGUAGAAAAUGUGAAAAACACGAUAAUGAGGCAAUCAAAUUCUAUUGUCGUAAACACGAAAUUGUUGGAUGUGGUGACUGCUUUGUAUUAGAGCAUAGAAAAUGUACACCCGAAUACAUAAAGGACAUAUCCAAAAACGUUCAAGAAACCGUGGAUUUUAUCAAUUUGAAGAGGAAAAUUGAACAACUGGAGAGUCAGAACAAAGCAACCUAUGAGACUGUUCGAAAUAAUAGGAAGGACUGUAAAGGGAUGCAAGAAGAAGUGCUAACUAAGAUAAGAAAGUUCAGAACAGAUAUCAAUAUCUAUCUUGAUAAGGCAGAAACAGAUAUAAUAUCUGAAAUGAAACAACUAAUGUCCGACAACGACAAACUCCUUGAUAAAAUAGACCAAGAAUGUGCAAAAUGUACGUCUAAAUGUGAAGGUUUAAAGCAGAAACUUGACCCAGCUGUCCAUAGAGGAAAUGUACUUUUCAUACAAUCAGUACGUAGCAAAGCAAGUAUUCUGGAAAUUGAACAUGAGCUGUCAAGAACUGUUCAAUCAGUACGCGAAUUCAAGGGUUAUGAAUUUGUUCCUAGUCAACACUUGUCCAGUAUCAUCAAAUCAAGCGAAAAACUGGGGAAACUCAAUAUUUCGAAUAUAAAUGAACAUAAGCAUGAUGAAAUCACAAAUUUGGAAAUGAACGUUGAUACAUUAGCAUUCAUGGAAUCAAAGAAGAUAAAUAAGCCGGAACAACAGGAAACAGAUAGCAAAACUGGUGUGAGACCGCCACCUGUUUUAGUCGGUUCCCGUGUACAAGCAGCAGGCACAUAUUGCUGUCAUAAGUGGAUUCAUGGCGACCAACCAGGUACUGUAACAGCUGUAUGUCCAGAUGGAACUGUCGACGUGAAGUGGGAUUAUUCAGGACAAACAGUAUCUGGUUACAGAGUAGGGACGGGACGGGAAGGAAUCAGACUCAUCUAA